GUAGUUUCUUCCGACCCUUAUUUUAAGGCAAAAUUUGGUAGAAAAUAAUUAGCACAAAAGAGAGAAAUAAAAAAAGGCCCACGAAAAAGAAAAACAGCUAAUACAAAACUGCAGCAAAUCACCAGAAAACUAUAUCUACAUCGUCCUGCUCUUCCAAUUCCCAUAAACCCCAUUAUGCCAAAUCCAAAUCCCUGUUGCUUUCAUUGACGCGUACACAACCAUUUUCAGCUAAUUUUAGAGCCGGAAAUUUUCUCAACAUUGUCACAACAACUUCACGCUCAGCUCACCGUGAGUAAUUUCUAAAUCUUUUCCGUGUUUAAAGAAUUAUGUAAUUUGUUUUUACCAGAUUUCUGAAAGGUUUUUGCCUGUUCCCGGAAGAAUAGAUGAGAUUGCGCUUUGUUGAUGUUUUAAUGUUUAAGCUGCGAGAUGGGUCUUUUUUUUGUUUUGAAAUUUUUUGGUUUCCCUUUUGCGGCCGUUAAUUUGACAGUUUUUAUCUGGGUUAGUGCUCAACGAUGUUUCUAGAAACUUAUAACUUAGUGUGAAAAUGGAACUUUCUCCCCUGUUUAAUUUUGCUUACAUUUUUUCCUAGACGCAAAGCCAAAUUCCAUUUUUGUUUCCGGAUUUUUCCAAUUCUGUGGGCUGCGCCGCUGGUCUUUUAUACAUGUAGACUGGUGGGUUUGUUUCGUAUAAUUCAUUUCUGAUCUUAAGUGUUGUUCUGUUGUUUUUAUUUUUGGUUCAGUUUUACAGUUAGGGAAAUGGAGAAAUCUUCGAUGUCGACGGAGGAAGUGGUGGCAGAGAUCAUGAGAAUUCAUAAAUCUUUGCCUCCUAGGCCAGGGAUUGAGGAAGUUGAAGCUGCAAAGACUCUGAUUAAAAACGUUGACAAGGAAGAUCAAUCGAGAAUUGAAGCCAUUUCCAGGCAAUCUAAGAGCAAGAAUGUGCCCGAGGAAUUGUUCAAGAUAUUGCUGGAGAUGCAGAAGAAUAUGGUUUAUUUCAAUGGCACGGAGCAAAAGAGAGAAGCCAUAAAACUGUUGGAUCUCGAAAAUGUUCACUCUGUGUUCGAUGAUUUGAUUCAAAGAGCGUCUAGAUGCCUAAGUUCUCCUCAAUCUUCUUAUGUUAAUAACAAUGAGUCUGUCUCUAAUUCCACAAGUUAUUCCAGGGAUUCCAGCAGCAUGUCCUUAUCUACUUCGGCGUCCUAUUCUGGUGCUAGUUCAAAUUCUCUUGCAACAACGACUACAAGUGCUAGUGGUAAUACUACAUCGUCUUCCUCAUCUUUGUCGGCGUUUUACAGUGAGCCAAACACCGUGAAGGCUACUGGCUUUCUUAGUAAAGAUGAUAGUUAUGUGACGAAGUCAAAGGGUACGUUUCAUGUUGAUGGAUUAGGGGUAGGGCCGCCAUCUGGGGAGUUUUCUGCCAAGCCCCAGAUUCAUGAUUCCACUCUAAAGCCGGCUAUUAAUGUUGGUCAAGAUGGUGAGAAGCUGAGUUUGAUAAAGCUUGCUAGUUUAAUUGAAGUAUCAGCCAAAAAAGGAACUCGGGAACUAAAUCUUGAGGGGAGAUUGAUGGACCAAGUAGAUUGGCUUCCUGAUUCCUUGGGGAAACUAUCCAGCUUGAUAUCCUUGGAUUUAUCCGAGAAUCGGAUUGUGGCAUUACCCGAUACUAUAGGUGGCCUGUCUUCUUUGCAAAAGUUGGAUUUACGGGGAAAUAGAAUAGUUGAAUUGCCGGAAUCUGUUGGAGAUCUACUUAACUUGGUCUAUCUCAAUCUGAGUGGAAAUCAGUUAAGAUCAUUGCCUCCUACCUUUGCUAGAUUGGUUCGUCUCCAGGAGCUUAAUUUGAGCUCCAACUCAAUCUCGGUGCUUCCUGAUACAAUUGGUUCCCUAGUCAGCUUAAAGGUGUUGAAUUUGGAAACAAACGAUAUUGAGGAAAUUCCUCAUUCUAUUGGACAGUGUACUUCACUGAAAGAACUACGGGCUGAUUAUAAUCGUCUUAAAGCCCUCCCAGAAGCUGUUGGAAGAAUUGGUUCACUGGAAGUUCUGUCUGUGAGAUAUAAUAAUGUCCGGCAACUGCCAACUACAAUGGCAUCCAUGUUAAGCUUGCGGGAGCUUGAUGUUAGUUUCAAUGAGCUUGAGGCUGUUCCUGAGAGCCUGUGCUUUGCUACGACUCUAGUGAAGAUGAACAUAAGCAACAAUUUCGCAGACCUCAGACAUCUGCCAAGGGCUAUUGGUAAUCUGGAAAUGCUUGAGGAGUUGAAUAUGAGUAAUAAUCAGAUAAGAUUCAUUCCAGACUCUUUCAGGAUGUUGUCUCGGUUACGUGUCCUGAAUGCUGAAGGAAAUCCCUUAGAAGUGCCACCGCCAGAAAUAGUUCAGAAGGGUGCACAGGCUGUUGUCCAAUACAUGGCUGACCUUGUUGAGAAGAGGGAGGUCAAGGCACAACCAAUCAAGCAGAAAAAGUCUUGGGUUCAAUUAUGCUUCUUCUCGAGGUCAAACAAACGCAAGCGCAGUGGCAGCGAUUAUGUACAAGCCUAAUAAGCACCAGCAUCAUAUUUCUUGGACAAUUGAGCUGUGAUUAUUGGGGUUGCUAGAGGAGAGCUAGCUGACAAGAUGUGGCCUGGUUUUGAAUGUUUUUGCCAGACAUGACAUUUUGACUUCAUAUGAGAAUCAAAUCAAUCCUUUUAUGGCUUUGAUCUGCACAAAACCAUAGAAAAUUUUUUUGUUACCCUCCCGUCCUUCCUAAAAUACCUUCUUGAUCUUCCAUCCGUUACAUUUAUAUGACGUAGUUUGGUCUUUACGAUACAUGCCUGUCCUGCAGAGAAAUGUUCAAAUGAGCGGCUAAAUUGGGGAGAAGAAACAAGCAUGAGAGCAUCCCCAAGUUUGUGAAUGUUAUACUUUUUUUUUAUACACUAAACCAUCAUCAUGUAAUCUCAUUUUUUGUCUGUCAAUAUUUUGAUCCAGUCAAGUACUAAAGUUGAUUCUCAUUUUAGUUUUAGUACACAGUCAAAUUCAGAUGAUCCUCUGUUUGUUCUUUUCGGAAAAAUUUCUAUCCACAAAAGAUUUGGUCCUCAGGUUGGAAAAAUGAGGGCCAUCAAGACUAUAUUUUUAUUGACUUAUAGUGUUCUUCAGAGAGAUUCGCCUUAUGUAUAUUCUGGCUGAUAAGUCGCAGUAUCUUAUAUACAUGGAGCCAAUACCGCCAUAGAAUCUCUGGUUUUCAAGUUUCAUGGAAUCUUCCGAAUGGCGGCUCUUUUGACUAACGAAUUAUACAGGUCUUGUGGUUCGAAUUUAAAGGGAAGAGGAAGACUUGGUGUUUAAUUUAAUUAAUCUUGGAGCAAUUAUUGCAAAUGGGCAUUAAUAAAAUUUUGGAAUGGUCGGCAGGUAAUUUCUGCGUCCGUGGUGCUAUUCUUCAAUAAAAAAGGGGUACGCUUAAUUACUGUCCAGCCGCCAAGUAUUUGCUACUAUGCUUUAACUUUUACUGGUGGUUUAUUCAAUUGUGAAACCCCAAAAGGAUAAACUGG